UUGGGACUCUGCUUUUAAUUGACGUUUUCCAGCUGUGAAGGAUAUGAGUGCUUGAUUGAUCUGCGUUGUCUGUUCCAUUGUUCACUACAGGAUAACGGGGGGUUAAAUGACAUGGCCGCUGUGUUAAUUAACGUAGAGGACUUUGAUAAUUUGAAUCCCUAUUUCAGCCACAACAUGUACCAGGCUCUUAUCUCGGAGAAUGAGAUUGGGGCUUUUCGAACCAUAGAGCCAGAGGCGAUAAGGGCUCAGGAUGGAGACACUGGGAUCAAUGUGUCUCUAACUUACAGUAUCAGUGCAGUGUCUCCAGACAAGUAUCAGACAAACUUCAACAUUAAAUCCAGCACUGGAGUUGUGUCUGUGGUGACUGCCAUAGACAGAGAGGAGAUGAACAGCAAUGUGAUCUCUGUCAGCAUAAAGGCGGCCCAGGCAGACGACAGUGUGAAGACGGCUGAUGCUGUGGUGUCAGUCACUGUUGAGGAUGUGAAUGAUAAUGCUCCAAAGUUUGACAAGUCGAACUACUCUCUAACACUUCAGGAAAAUUUUCCUCUUGAUGCUGUUCUGUUCAAAGCCGUUGUCACUGACCUGGACCAGGGAGGAUUUAAGGGGACUUUGCAGAUCCUUCCAGUAUCUGCUCCUUUCUCUAUCACUUCUGAUGGGACGGUCAGAGUGAAGAACGCCACGGCUCUGGACAGAGAGACAACUGAAAGCAUCACAUUUCAGAUUGAAGCAAAAGAGAAGGAUCCACCCAACCAUGUCACAGUGGCUCAAGUCAGUGUGACCCUUCUGGAUGAGAAUGACAACAGUCCUGCAUUUACCAGUAGCAAGUACGAGGGAAAGGUGUUUGCAGAUCAAACAGUGGGAAUGUUGCUGGUCCAGGUUAAGGCAGAAGAUCCAGAUGCUGACGCGAAUGGGCAGAUCAAAUACUCUAUUGACUUUGGGAACAACGAUGGCUACUUCUCAAUCGACGAAGACACUGGAAAUAUCACGCUGGCUAAAACCAUUCCUCUGGUGGAAAACAGGAUUUUGGAGUUCCCUCUCUACAUAACAGCCACAGAUGGCGGCAUCAUAUCCCGCUCUUCCUCAGCACAGGUGAACAUUCGCGCUCCUGGCAACUCUAAGCCUCAGUUUUUACAAAAAGUCUACAGUGGCAGCGUAGAAGAAGAACAGGAUCCUGGAGAUGUCAUUCUCAGGGUUAACUUCCUUGCUACAGAUGCUGAGCUGCCUGUGACUCUUCGAGUUGAUACAGAAGCCGACAAGUUCGCCAUCUCCUCCACCGGUGAAAUCACCACCAAGGUGAAGCUCGACUACGAUGAGGCCCCACACAACUACUCUGUGGCGAUCUCCAUCUCUGACGGGGUCAACAGUGACGAUGCAGUCGUGGUGGUUCGAGUCACUGACAUCAACGAUAACAGCCCGGUUUUUACCCCCAGCUCUGUCACAAAGACAGUCCCAGAGGACGCAGAGGUAGGAGCCAAUGUUACUGUUGUUCCUGCUACAGACAAAGACAGCAGCUUCAACAAGGAGAUCAGGUACUCUCUGACAGGAGGAGAGGGGAGGUUCUCUAUUGAUCCUGUUUCUGGGAUGGUGAGUGUGGCUGGUGCACUUGAUAGGGAGACCAAGGCUGAGUACAACCUGCUGGUGGUGGCUGAAGACCAGGGUCGACCAGCCAGGUCGGCCACAGCCACCCUGCUGGUCCAAGUGUCCGACAUCAACGAUAACGUCCCCAAGUUCUCGGAGGCUGAGUAUCAGGUUGAAGUCUUAGAAACAGAGACAGUGGGUACAAGCGUUCUCGCCUUAUCAGCUGUAGACCCUGACGAAGGAGCAAACGGGAGAGUUACUUACAGUAUUUUCCGGCAAAGUCCCUCAUCAGACCCCGCUGUUUUUGAGUUGGACUCUUCCAGCGGGACUCUGCGGCUGGUCCAGCCUCUGGACUACAGUGAGGAGAAGAUGUACACCCUGAUGGUUCAGGCCUCUGAUGCGGGGACCCCCUCUCUGGUUGGGAACAGCUCUGUGGUGGUGAAGGUGAAGGACGUGAACAACAACCCACCUGAGUUCAGUAAGGAAAGCUAUGACGUGGCCGUCUCCGAGAACCUGGCCAGCGGUGCGUCCAUCCUGACCCUGGAGGUCACCGACAAGGAUGAGGGUGGAUUCUCCAAUGGUUACUUCCUCUACACCAACGAUACCUUUGACAUUAACAAACAAGGGGUGGUUUCGCUGAGGAAGGACGUCACCUUGGACAGAGAGACAAAGGACAGCUACGUAUUACAGGUCGUGGCGGUGGAUCAGGUCACUGACGGUUUGAGAUCCACAGCUCAGCUCAACAUCACCGUCCUGGACUACAACGACAACGCCCCACAGUUCCCGGCUAUUCCAGACCCCCUACAGUUCCCUGAGGGCGAUUACUCUGAGGAAAAUCCAGGAGAAAUUUUCACCAUCGUGCCCACGGACGCUGACCUCGGCCCCAACGGAGAGGUCACGGUCUCCCUCAGCUCCCCUAACCCACUCUUCAGAUUCACAGAGGACGGGACGUUGCUGGCUGUUGGCUCUCUGGAUCGGGAGAACAAGGACACUUACGAGCUGGUCGUUAAGGCCUCAGACAAAGGCAGCCCACAGAGAGAGAACAUCACCACCAUCAGAGUGAGAAUCAUCGACGUCAACGACAACAGACCUGAGUUCAGCUCCAGCAGCUACGUCAGCAGCAUCCUACUGAAAGACGCAGAGAAAGGGAAGCUGCUGCUGACGCUGUCGGCCACCGACGGAGACGUGGGGAACAACUCGCUCAUCACCUACAGUUUCUCUGCAGGAAGUUCCCCAUAUUUGGCCGUAAACAGUGAGACCGGAGCCGUGACUUUGACCUCUGACCUUGCUGAUGUCACAGAGGACACUGUGCUGGUGCAGACAGCCAUUGCUGAAGACCACGGCCAGCCUCCUCUGAACUCCACAGCCCGUCUCGUGGUCAGUCUGAGGCUGGUCAGUCUGGUGGAGGGCGUGGCCUUCAAGAGCUCCUCCUACAACUUCAGCCUACCUGAGAACCAGCCGGCGGGGGUAACUGUGGGGAGCGUCUGGGCCUCCUCAGGAAGUGACAUUUAUGACGUCGCCUACACGAUGAAAACACACGCUGACCUGUUCUCCGUUGACGCCAGCGGAGCCAUCCUGACCAGAGCACAGCUGGACAAAGAAGAGCAGGACUGGUACAUCCUGGAGGUGGAGGCAGUGGACACAAGGACCCCCCCUACGUCAGCCAUUGCAAUGGUCAGAGUCCAGGUCGAGGACGUAAACGAGUCUCCGUGGUUUUCCCGCGAGGUUUAUAAAGCCUCUGUACUCAGCAUCGCUCCGUAUAAAACCCCCGUCAUCCAUGUCAAGGCUUCAGACCAUGAUGUCGGUGAGGAGGGUCAGCUGGUCUACAGUCUCUCAGCAGACAGUCCUUAUUUCGACGUGGAGCCGUCCUCAGGUCUGGUGUACGUGGUGUCGGCAGUGGGUCUGGCUGGACAGCAGGCUCAGGUGGAGGUGAAGGCCACAGACCCCCGAGGACUUGAAGCUACAACCAAGGUGGAGGUGGCGGUCCAGGGAGGUGCGAGCAGCACUGACGUGGUGGUCAUCUCCCUCAACCAGCCUGCCAAUGCUGUGGAGAAGAAAGUCCCACAGCUGGAGAAGUCUUUAGGUUCGGCUCUGGGCUGGACGGUGGACAUCAUCGAGGUGUGGAGCGAUAACGGAGGAGCCUCUGAGUCCAGAUCGCUGAGGGCGGCUGUGAAGACUUUGGUCAGCUUCAUCAGUGUCGACGGAAGGGAGGUCGUUUCAUCUGAAGAGGUCACAAAGAAGUUGCAGAGCCAAUCAGAUGCUGUGAGGGCGGAGCUAGUCAAAGUGUUUGGGGAUGGUCUUCAGUUUGACCUAGAAAUGAAACCUCAAAGCCCCGCCUCCGACGACCAGGCUGUGGUCAUCGCUCUGGGUGUCCUGUUGGGCCUGAGCAUGCUGGGAUGUAUUGUUGCUGUUGCCUUGAUCAUCGGGUUCAAGAGGACCCAGAAACACCAGGAGGAUUCUGACAAAGAAAGUUUUGACAUCAGCCGACACGCUGAAGGUUACACGAACUGGCCUCAGAAGAUUCCUGAAACAUCUGAACAGACAAAACAACCGGAGGACGAGCAACAGAGGACGGACAGAAAGGCAGCUCAAUGGGACAAACAGGCAGACGAUGACUGGACGGUGAAGAUGGACAGAGACAGUGUGAGAGUUAAACAGGACAGACAGAAAGAUGACAUGUCUUCUGUCUGAUCUGAACACAGCAGCUUUCAGUCUGUCUGUAUGGAGUCUGCAGAGAGCCACUAAAGUAAUUAGAGACUUUUUAAUUAUAUCUAAUAUAUAAAUUAAAGGAAAACAAAAAUGUAUUUUAGACCAAAGGCUGUUAAGUGAGUUAUAAACUGGAAUCAGAGCUUCAAAAUCUGUUCGCUACGUAAAAGCCAGCGUAAUAACUUGUGGACAGGAGUGAUUUUCGCAUCUCUCCUUGUUUUUGUGAGAUGGCAUGAAUGGGUUUCUCUAAAUCCAAGCUGAACAUGUGACCUCUAAUUCUUCCUGUAUGAUUUAGAUGGUAAAAUUUGAUGAUUUAUUUAUUGCCUUGAUGUGGCUGCUGAGUCUUCUUCUUCUACUACUACUUCUUCUCCAUGACUAUUAAGAAGCCUCUGAAUUAAACCUAGUAAAUUGAUGUUUCUCUUCAAAUUGUAUUAUUGUUAUUUCUCACUUUAUAAACGCAUAAUUUAAGUGCACAAUUAAUAAAACUGUUUUUAAAUGUA